GCUUCCCUCUGUCCGCCUGGCGUUGGCACCCAGGGAGGCUAGCGAACGGCAGGCAGCCGCGGUUGCGAGAGAGUGUGAGAGAGUGAGAGAGAGCGGCUAAACAACACAAUGACAGCACCCAACACAUACGACGUUAUAGUGAUCGGAGGAGGAAUAUCAGGACUAAGUGCAGCUAAGCUCUUGAGGGAGAAAGGGCUGAGUCCUGUGGUUCUGGAAGCAAGAGAUCGGGUCGGUGGACGGACCUUCACAGUGCAGAAUGAGCAGACUAAAUGGGUUGACCUGGGUGGGGCCUACAUCGGGCCUACCCAGAACCGCAUCCUCCGAUUGGCUAAAGAGUAUGGCGUCAAGACCUACAAAGUCAACGAGCAGGAGAGGCUGGUGCAUUAUGUGAAGGGGAAGUCUUACCCCUUCACAGGCUCCUUCCCCCCCAUGUGGAACCCAUUUGCCCUGAUGGACUUCAACAACCUUUGGAGGAAGAUGGACGAGAUGGGCAGUGAGAUCCCCAGAGAGGCUCCGUGGAGGGCACCCCAUGCGGAGGAGUGGGACAAGAUGACCAUGAAGCAGUUGUUCGACCAGAUCUGCUGGACCAGUUCUGCGAGGCGUUUUGCCACACUGUUCGUGAAUGUGAACGUGACCUCUGAACCUCACGAGGUGUCGGCGCUGUGGUUCCUUUGGUAUGUGAAGCAGUGUGGAGGCACCAUGAGAAUCUUCUCAACCACCAACGGAGGACAGGAGAGGAAGUUUCUGGGUGGGUCCAGCCAGAUCAGCGAGUGUAUGGCCAGGGAGCUGGGUGACCGGGUCAAGCUGGAGUCUCCGGUCUGCAGCAUCGACCAGACAGGGGACAUGGUCCAGGUUGAGACCAUCAACGGGGAAACAUAUAAGGCCAAGUAUGUGAUUGUGGCGACCCCUCCUGGUCUCAACCUAAAGAUGCACUUUAACCCUGAGCUGCCCCCACUCAGAAACCAGCUGAUCCACCGUGUCCCAAUGGGGUCCGUCAUCAAGUGUAUGGUCUACUACAAAGAGAACUUCUGGAGGAAGAAAGGGUACUGUGGCAGUAUGGUAAUUGAGGAGGAAGAGGCCCCCAUUGGCCUGACUCUGGAUGACACAAAGCCUGACGGGAGUGUGCCAGCCAUCAUGGGCUUCAUCCUGGCCCGCAAAUGCAGAAAGCUGUGCGAACUGACCAGAGAGGAGAGGAAGAAGAGGAUCUGUGAGAUCUACUCUAGAGUGCUGGGCUCAGAAGAGGCUCUCCAUCCCGUGCACUAUGAGGAGAAGAACUGGUGUGAGGAGGAGUACUCUGGAGGCUGCUACACCGCAUACUUCCCCCCUGGUAUUCUCACCCAGUUCGGCAAGGUGCUGAGGGAGCCCGUUGGCCGGCUGUACUUCGCUGGUACUGAGACAGCUACAGAGUGGAGUGGCUACAUGGAGGGGGCUGUGCAGGCUGGAGAGAGAGCAGCCAGGGAGGUGCUGUGUGUGAUGGGCAAGAUCCCUAUGGCUCAGAUCUGGCAAACGGAGCCUCAGUCGACGGAAGUCCCUGCCAUCCCAUUCGUCACCACGUUCUGGGAGCGGAACCUCCCAUCGGUGGGCGGGUUUCUCAACUUCCUGGGCGUAGCCUCUGUCCUGUCUGUUGCCUCAGCAGCAGGCUUUCUGGCCUAUCACAAGGGUGUUUUCAACCGGAGCUAAGCCCUCUCAUCUCUCUCAUCCUCAUUCAUCUCCAAGAGGGCAACUUUACGACGGCACCCUGUUCCCUCUACAGUACACUUCUUUUGAUCACACUUAGUAGCCCUGUUCCCUCUACAGUACACUUCUUUUGAUCACACUUAGUAGCCCUGUUCCCUCUACAGUACACUUCUUUUGAUCACACUUAGUAGCCCUGUUCCCUCUACAGUACACUUCUUUUGAUCACACUUAGUAGCCCUGUUCCCUCUACAGUACACUUCUUUUGAUCACACUUAGUAGCCCUGUUCCCUCUACAGUACACUUCUUUUGAUCACACUUAGUAGCCCUGUUCCCUCUACAGUACACUUCUUUUGAUCACACUUAGUAGCCCUGUUCCCUCUACAGUACACUUCUUUUGAUCACACUUAGUAGCCCUGUUCCCUCUACAGUACACUUCUUUUGAUCACACUUAGCAGCCCUGUUCCCUCUACAGUACACUUCUUUUGAUCACACUUAGUAGCCCUGUUCCCUCUACAGUACACUUCUUUUGAUCAUAUUUAGUAGCUCUCUUUCCUCUACAGUACACUUAUUUUGACCACACCAACUAGACAGUUGCUGAUAGCUCUUUUGAUUUGAUAGAAUUACUGUUAUAAACCGGGUGGUCAAAUCCCGAAUGCUGAUUGGCUGAUAGCUGUGGUGUAUGAGACCCUAUACCAAGGGUAUGACAUGACAUCACUUUUUUCUCCAAUUGUGUUUGUAACCCGUUUAUAAAAGCCACAAGGCUCGGGGGGGGGUUGUGAUAUGUUGCCAAUAUUCCACGGCUAAGUGCUGCGUCCAGGCACUCCGCAAUGUAUCGUGCCCAUGAACAGUUCUUAGCUGUGCUAUACUGGCAAUAUACCACACCCCCUCUGGCCUUUUUGCUUAAAUAUACUACUACCAUAUUCAGGAUACAUUUGACUGUGACUGAGAUAUGUGGUUGUCCUGCUUGGCUAUUUUAAGAUGAAUGCACUAAUAGGAUGUCACUCUGGAUUAGAGAGUCUGCCAAAUCAAUAAAAUGCCAUUGUAAAAAUGAGACUUCUGACUGACUAGGGAUUUAGUUGAAAGUCAUGGACCAUAUAGGGAACAAGCCAAGGUGCCGUGUAAGAUGGAGCCACUCAAUACCACAGGCUUUCGGACUGUUCAGCCCUAUCACUCACUACUGCUACAUCAUCAGACCAGUCCCCCCCUGAAGGGGCCUCCCCCCCGCGCCACGCACCCCGUUUCCCAACAGGCGGACCAACUGUCGCUAAUGUUGUCUGUUCUGCCGGGAUUUGUGUCUUUCAAACUUCAGAGUGGUGAUUUCAGACAGGGGCAGUGAAUGAGUGAAAGAGAGAAUCGGCAGCAAAAUGAAACCAAAAUAAGCCUGCAAUUGACUCUUAGUACAACAACGUUAGAAUAAUACCGAUAGCAGAAACAGUCGCUUCCCUGAUAGCCAUUGUAAUUCCAGAAAUUGCCAGUGUGUUCACAAAUCUAUGUUGACUGUUUAGGAAUAGUCACAACUAUUGUGUGUGUACAUAAGUGUGUGUGUGUGUGUGUGUGUUAAUCAUCUCUGCGGAUUGUGGGUGCUGACUGAUUUCCUCUAUAAAUCUGUAACCAGGUAAAUGUGAGUAAUUGCAUAAAAACACAAUAGUAACAAAAUUAUAAGUCGGAAAAAACAUGGAAUUAAUGUAACUAGAACUCUGAAUCCUGUUCUGUUGGAUUUUAAGCAUCAAGUUACCCUCGAUAGUUAUAAAGAAGGGAAGCAUUUGAAUGUGUUUUCACCACGUUAUGUGAUUUCUGUGAUUGUCGUUGUUUCAAUGUUUCAGAUAUUAUGCAUUUCACUUCAUUUUGCCACAGCUCACUCUGGGUCUCAGUCAUCUGUGGUAGCUGCGUGCAGUGUGUUGAAGAGGAAGUCAUUGUUGAUUCGCUGCAGGGCUGGGCUAUCAUUUCGGCUCAAAGUCCACAUCAGGGCUGGAAAAACGUCAGUAAUUAGAAAAAUAAUUGGUUCAUUAUAAUAUGCUCAAACUUUUGAGUGCUUUAGUAAUUCAAAACCUAACCCAAAAUGUGGGACAUAUUUUAUCCACACUUUUAACAGUUUUUGAUAACGUUGAACUAAACCAAAUACUAUUAAUGUUACUAGAGUAAUAUUAGAAUCUUCUCUUAUCUGUCAGUAGAGUUUCAUCCACUAUUUCUCACAACCUAUUUCUCACAACCUGAAGUUGGGUGUGUGAGCACAAGUACAGUGUCUGUAUGUAUGUGUGUGUGCAUUUUUCUGUAAUCAUGGUGAAAAAAAUAUUGUUCUAUUGACAUUUUCUCAUUGCUGCUUAUCAUGACACUUGGUGAGACUGAGCAUAAAUAAAUGUUUGACAGUA